AUGUGGAUCAAUUGCGGGAAACUAUCCGACUUCACACAAGCCAGAUAUGUGGUUCGACUAAAUACAGGCAAAAAGCUGGUCUUGUUCCGCCUGCCGACAAUCGACCAGUCCAGCCUGAAAGCCAAUGAGACAAGCGAUGGCUGGUCCUAUUACUCCAUGGAAGCGGAAUGCCCGCAUGCCGGCGGCCCCAUGGCAGACUCCUCAGUCGACAUCGAGGAUUCCGCCUACGUAGUAUCGUGCCCAUGGCACGCCUACGAUUUCAACGUAGAGACCGGCGAGUCAAGUGUCGGCAUCAAGGCAUGCACAUUCCCAGUCGAUGUGCGAGGCGAAUUCGUCGCACUUGAUUUCCCAGUUGAAGAAGGCUGCACAGUCUCACUAGCCAGCGUGGACCCAGUCAGCGAAAAAGUCAAGCUGAAGAACCCAAAACCUUCAGAGAAGCCCGCUACCACGUCACUCAACCAAGAGGCCGGCACAGCGAGAUAUCUCGACGAAAGUGCAACGCUAUGUGACUGGGCAGCGCACGUUCUCAACACCGCCAACCCGGAACACAAGAUCGAGCUCGCAACGCACCUAUUCUCAAUCUUCACAGCCAGAGAAGGCACAGACUCACCCAUGCCAUUAGGCAGAGGCACCGUCUCCGCACCGGACCAACCACCGCGCGAGAACAUGGAAACCGUAAAACCAGGGCAAAUGCCACGAUCCGGACGAGGCGGAACUCUAAAGAGCCGAAUCGCCAUGCUCCACGCCCUAGCCAACAUCGAACUCUGGGCCAUCGACCUAGCAAUCGACAUCUGCAUUCGCUUCGCGACAUUCCAAACCGAAAUCACCUUCCAGCAAUUACCACGCGCCUUCUUCCACGACUGGCUCAAAGUCGCCAGCGACGAAGCGAAGCAUUUCUCGCUCCUCCGCACGCGUCUCGAAGAACUAGGCGCUGCUUUCGGCUCUCUGCCCGUGCAUCACAGUCUAUGGUACUCAGCCACUGAGACGGCGCAUGAUCUGCGGGCGAGAAUCAGCAUCAUUGCGCUCGUUCACGAGGCGCGCGGCUUGGACGUUAAUCCUGGGACGAUUGAUAAGUUCCGUAAAGCGGGUGAUGGCGAGAGCGUUGAGUCACUUGAGGUCAUUCACAAUGAUGAGAUCACGCAUGUGACGACCGGGCACCGCUGGCUGACUUGGAUCUGCGAGCAGGAAGGGACGGAUCCUGUUCAGGUCUUCCGGUCUAAUGUGCAGAAGCACUUUCAGGGACCAAUUCGCGGACCGUUUAAUGAAGAGGCUCGCUUGCAGGCUGGUAUGGAUAAGCGCUAUUACGACAAUGUCGGCGGACCGAUCGUUGCUUGA